AUGGCUGAAGCAAAUACCAUCUACCAAAAGGCUGGUCUCCCAGUGGUCACCCCAGAUGAAAGCGAAGACUUUGCUCAGUCACUUGCCUCCCUAGCUGACCCUGAAUCUCUGGAUGGAGCUCUUAUGACAGAGGGAGCUGAUCCCUCGGGAGGCAACACACUGGAAACUGUCUAUUAUAUCAACUUCAAUCGGAAAACCUCCGCUGAGCUUGCGCCCCAGCUCGACGCGCUCAGCGCCAACGUCAACCUUAGCAGCCAAUUCAUGACUGUCAAGGCCAACGCUGCAGUCGCAUCCAAAGUUGCCUCAAAAGAACUUCCUUCCAACGAUGAGACCAAGAAGUCCGUCUACAAGGCCAAGGUUGUCAAUCACCUGGCAAACAACGCGCCAUGGAUUUCGAGUGUUGGUAUACAAACACAGCAGAAGAGAUUUGUGGAAAAAAAAGAAGACUUCCAUAAUGCGCUUGUGAAGCACUUCACCCAGGGGUUGAAUUUGCCAGAUAGCAUCAUACUUAAACUGGAAAACUUCCUAACAAACAUCAAAGAUCUCAUUGUGAGAUCUUCAGAUACUUCUGACAGUUUGACCUUCUUCGUCUUGAUUACACUUUACCAACAGGAUGAUGUGGCGAAGACAUGGCGACCAUAUAUCAGAACGAUUUAUUUCAAAGUGGGCCAGACCUUGAGCAAUUACAGCAAAAAGAAGGGCGACAAGAGCUCUGGCCAGAAUGUGGAUAUUCACUUUGAAUAUGUACAGUCGGAUGGCUUGUUCAACAAUGCUCUCUUUGAGAGCAACGCCAAAGCAGGUAUCAACCAGCUCGUAAACAGCAGCGCAUCUGAGUUCAUCAAGAACCCUCCAAUUGAGGUUGCCGUCGACUGA